CUUCCGACAAGCUUGUGUCUGUCUUCCCGCAAAUUCCCUGCUCCACGGUGCACACAGCCGACGGCGCAACUAGAAAGAAUCGGUUGACAUGUCGGUCAUUCUUUGCACAGCCGGUUACGACCACACGAUCAGGUCCGUUUGCGAUUCAUAGCUUCAGCCACGUCCGAGCGACUCAGCCGCCGACGGCAACUAACAUCGGAGACAGGUUCUGGGAGGCGCUUUCCGGUAUUUGUUCCCGAACGAUACAGCAUCCAGACUCGCAGGUCAACCGCCUAUGCAUAUCGCCCGACAAGCGGUUUCUCGCGGCCGCCGGCCAUCACACUAUCAAGCUCUACGACAUCAAGUCGACGAACCCGAGUCCGUUGUUAACGUUUGAGGGACACACGGGAAACAUCACUGGUGUUGCGUUCCAUUGCGAGGGGAAAUGGAUGGUGACGAGCUCCGAAGAUGGCACAGUAAAGAUUUGGGAGACCAGGACCGGAACGAUCCAACGAAGCUACAACCACAACAGCCCUGUGAACGAUGUCGUCAUUCAUCCGAACCAGGGAGAAAUUAUCUCUUGCGACCGCUCAGGUUUUGUCAGGGUCUGGGAUCUUGCUGAGAACUCAUGCGCGCACCAUCUCACGCCAGAGGAAGACGUUUCGGUCUCUAGCGUCACGGUUGGAAGCGACGGCACUCUUCUCUGUGCAGCAAAUAAUGCUGGCAAUGUCUUUAUUUGGGCGUUUCACACGGAAUACAAUGGCACACGCCUGGUGCCCGUCACGCACUUUAGCGCUCAUAAGGAGUAUAUUACGCGCAUUUUACUCUCACCGGAUGUCAAGAAGCUUGCUACUUGCAGUGCAGACCACACUGCUAAGAUUUGGGAAGUGCAAGACUCGGUCCUGGAAGCCGGUAAUGCAGAGGCCAAGGCUCUGCCUCUCGAAGCAACCUUGACUGGCCACCAGCGCUGGGUGUGGGAUUGCGCAUUCAGUGCAGAUUCUGCGUACCUGGUUACAGCGUGUUCAGAUCACUAUGCGAGAUUGUGGGAGCUCCACAGCCAACAGAUCAUUCGCCAGUACAACGGUCAUCAUAGAGGAGCCGUGUGUGUCGCGUUGAACGACUAUUCAGAAACCAGGUGAAGUUUGCUGCUUUAUAGAUAUCAUUAUGUUCUUGGGUUUCGACUUUUUACGCUUGUUCAGGACGGGGUUAGGAGAUUACCUUUUCUUAUAUACUUGUUUUAUUGUAUCCAGGUAUUUAAUGCCAAUAAUUCCACGCAGCUGCCCGCCGCUAUGUACCAAGGCGAUGUGAGCUUGCAACUAUUGACUUAAGGGUUCAUCUGGGAGAUGAAAG